AUGGCUAAAGAUCUUGUCAGAACUCGUCGUUACUCUCAAAAAUUCCAAGCAAUGAAAACACAGCUUCAAGCUGUUUCAUUACGAAUUCAGACUCUUCGAUCAAAUCAGCAAAUGUCUGAAGCUAUGAAGGGAGCAACAAAAGCCAUGAAAUCAAUGAACCGACAAAUGAAUUUGCCAGCAAUGCAAAAAAUCAUGAUGGAAUUUGAAAAAGAAUCUGAAAUAAUGGACAUGAAAGAGGAAAUGAUGAACGAUGUUAUUGAUGACACCAUGGCUGAGGAAGAAGACGAGGAGGAAAGUGACAUGAUUGUAAAUCAAGUCUUGGAUGAGAUUGGGAUCUCUCUGGAUCAGUCGCUGGUUGACGCUCCUAGUUCAAUUGAGAAAAGAGAGACCACCAAAGAAAAGGUUCCGCAAAUCGUAGAUAUGGAAUCAAAUGAUGAUGCAGCCUUACAAGCUAGACUUGAUAAUUUGCGAAGAGAAUAA